AUGGACCCUCGCCGCGUUCCCCGCACCGUCAUCGACCCCAAGGUCCGGCAGGUCGGCUUCUUCGCCCCUCCCGACCGCACCCAGUCGGGCCCGGCCGCCACCCCGCCUCCGGCGACCGACCACUCCCCCUCCGGCAACUCACUGUCCCCCGUCAUGAUCCCGCCGCCGCGCCACGUCUCCGCCGACCUCUCCCGCCACUUCCCCCAUCCCCCGGACUUCUCCCCCCUCCGCGUUGUCUCCCGCCCCGCCGAUUCGUUCGUCCCCGCCGGCAGCUACAACCCGUCGGAGUUCAUCUCCCCUACGGCAACUGCCGAUUUUUCCGAGGAGCAGCCAUCGCCUAGGUUCGGUCGCAAAGGGAGCUUCGGGAAGUUCGCCAGCUCGCUGCCUGCUGGUGGAUUUGAUAUGGCUUUGGCCAAGCAGAGUAUUCGUAAUCUGCCACCAGGUGGAGAGUCAAAAGCUGAAAUGCCGACGGAGCAGAGUUCAGCUGCUGCAAAGCCAUUAAAGGAGAAGACAACAAAAGCUGAAAGACGGGCUAUCCAAGAGGCGCAGAGAGCUGCAAAAGCUGCUGCCAAAGGUGAAGGUAGUAAGUCAUCUGCUGCUGCUGCUGCUGCUGGCAUCAAUCAGGCGAAUUCCUUAACAGGAAAACCACUGAAGGCUGUAUCACAAAAGAAAGACAGCUCUUCCGUUGCACCCUCCGAGAAAAAAAGCGGUGAUCGCCAACCAGAUAAAGACAGGAAGAAAGAUGCCCCCAAUCCUCGUAUGCAGUUUGAUGAUGCCUCUAGAGUUGAGAAAGCAAAGAAACGUUCCGUAGUAAAACAAACCGAAGCGAAAAAUAGAGUCGAACUGUUUAGGCAUUUACCACAGUAUGAGCAUGGGACUCAGCUUCCUGAACUGGAAUCAAAAUUCUUCCAACUCGAUCCAGUUCAUCCUGCUGUUUACAAGGUAGGACUGAGAUACCUAUCUGGGGACAUAUCCGGCGGCAAUGCUCGCUGUAUUGCCAUGCUUCAAUCCUUCCAAGAGGCCAUCAAGGAUUACAGCACGCCCCUCGAAAAGUCCCUAAUAAGGGAUCUGACCACUAAAAUAAACAGUUACGUAUCUUUCCUGAUCGAGUGCAGGCCCCUCUCGAUCAGCAUGGGCAAUGCAAUCAGAUUUCUCAAAAACAGAAUUGCCCACUUGCCCCUAACCCUGUCUGAGUCGGAGGCAAAAGCCAAUCUCAUCUCCGGAAUUGAUAAUUUCAUAAGCGAAAAAAUAAUCCUAGCCGAUAAAGUGAUCGUGAAGCAUGCCGUGACCAAAAUUAGGGACAACGAUGUACUUCUGACCUACGGUUCAUCCUCUGCAGUCGAGUUGGUUUUUCUGCAUGCGCACGAGCUCGGCAAAAAGUUCCGUGUGGUGAUAGUGGAUUCACGCCCGAAGCUCGAAGGACAAAAGUUGCUCCGUAGGCUUGUGGGGAAAGGGGUCAGCUGCACGUACACUCACGUAAAUGCUGUUUCUUAUGUCAUGCAUGAAGUCACUCGGGUGUUUUUGGGGGCUUCAUCGGUUUUGUCUAAUGGGACCGUGUACUCAAGGGUCGGCACAGCCUGUGUUGCAAUGGUGGCCCAUCAUUUUCGGGUCCCUGUUUUGGUGUGCUGUGAAGCGUACAAGUUUCAUAAAAGGGUUCAACUUGAUUCGAUUUGCUCUAAUGAGCUUGGUGAUCCUGAUGCUAUUUCGAAGGUUUCUGGUAGAAGGGAAAUCUGUGAUUUGGAUGGUUGGGCCAAUAGUGAAAAUCUACAACUCUUGAACCUGAUUUACGAUGCAACACCUUCAGAUUAUGUGUCGAUGAUCAUAACUGACUAUGGCAUGCACCCCGUUCGCCGGAGUUUGGGAACCCUCUUCGCGUCCGUCACCUGGGUUUCUUGUAAUUUAGGGUUUACUUUUGUGUGCGCGUCCGGGCCCGAAAUCCGCCGUGAAAUGUUCACGCCGCAGAGGAAGCUGUGGUCGUUGACGCCGAGGAGCGAGCCGGGCCAGAAGAACGGGCCCGUUUCUGGGCCGGGCUCGGGCUCGAACGUUGGUGCUGCAAACCCGAGUAACGGCGAGGCGUUGGAUGAUAGGGUUUCGAAGCUCGAGAAUGAGCUCUUUGAAUAUCAGUACAACAUGGGCCUCCUGCUGAUUGAGAAAAAGGAGUGGAAUGCGAAGUAUGAAGAACUAACGCAAGCUUUAGCUGAUGCAUCCGAUGCUUUAAAAAGUGAGCGAGUAUCUCAUUCAAGUGCAAUGUCUGAAGUGGAGAAACGAGAAGAGAAUUUGAAGAAAGCUUUGGGUGUUGAAAGGCAGUGUGUGCUUGAUCUUGAGAAGGCUUUACGCGAGAUGCGCUCUGAACAUGCUGAAAUUAAGUUCAAUGCGGACUCAAAAUUGGCUGAGGCUAAUGCAUUAGUCACAAGCGUUGAAGAGAAAUCACUGGAGGUUGAGGCAAAGUUCCAUGCGGUUGACGCCAAACUUUCUGAGGUCAGCAGGAAGAGUUCAGAGAUAGAGAGGAAACUGCAUGAUUUGGAGGCUCAAGAAAAUGCGCUUAGAAGGGAACGCUCUCUCUUUUCUACAGAGCGUGAAGCACAUGAUGCUUCUAUGUCUAAGCAAAGGGAAGAGUUGAGGGAGUGGGACAGGAAGUUGAAGGAAGCAGAGGAGAGGCUAGCUGAUGGUAGAAGAUUGCUGAAUGAAAGGGAGAAAAAGGCGAAUGAGAAUGAUAAUCUUUUGAAGGAGAAACAGAUGGACCUUGAAGAACUACGGAGGAAGAUUGAGAUUGAUGAUUCUGCUUUGAAGAGCAAGGAAGAAGAUAUAAGCAAAAGACACGCAAGCCUAGCUCUCAAAGAGCAGGAAGCUGUUGAUGCUAGAAAAAGAUUAGAAGAAAGAGAGAAGCAAUUGCAGGAGUUGGAAGAAAAGUUGAACACAAGGGAAAAAUUGGAGAUUCAGAAGCAGUUGGCCGAACAUCAACGUAUCCUGACCGAGAAGCAGAGAGAGUUUGAGUUGGAGAUGGAGCAGAAGAGGAAGUUGAAUGAUGAACAGUUGAAAGACAAGGUGGCUGAGGUGGAGAAGAAGGAAGCCGAAAUCUUACACAUGGAAGAGAAAGUGAAGAAACGGGAACAGGCAGUUGAAAAGAAAAUGGAGAAAGUGAGAGAUAAGGAAACAGUUAUUGACUCCAAAUCGAAAGCUUUGAAGGAAAAGGAGAAGUCUCUUAAAGUUGAGGAGAAGAACUUGGAGAAAGAAAAGAAACUAGUGCUUGAAGAAAAGCAAGACUUACUCAGUCUCAAGGCUGACCUUGAGAAUCUUAAGGCUGACACAGAGAGCCAGCUGCUGAAACUAAAUGAAGAGAGUGACCGGCUAAAAAUAACUGAAGAUGAAAGAACAGAAUUUACUCGUCUGCAAUCGGAGCUGAAAGAGGAGAUAAACAAAUACAGAUUCCAAAGUGAGCAACUAAUGAAGGAAGCGGACAAUUUGAAGCAAGAGAAGGAGAGAUUUGAGAAAGAGUGGGAAGAGCUGGAUAAUAAAAGAGCCCAGAUAAAGAAAGAGGAAGAGGAUGUCCUCGAACAGAAAAAUCACCUGGAGAAACUAAGGUUGUCUGAAGAAGAAAGGCUAAACAAUGAGAAGCUGGAAAAACAAAAGUAUGUGCAGAGGGAACUAGAAGCUCUUAAACUGGCUCAGGAUUCUUUUGCUGCUACAAUGGAGCAUGAGAAGUCAGUAUUGGCUGAAAAAGUCCAGAGUGAAAGGAGUCAACUGAUUCAUGAUCUUGAAGUCCGGAAACAGGAACUCGAGGCCGAAUUCCAGAGGAAGCAGGAGGAGUUAAAGAGUUCUUUGCACGAUAAGGAACAAUUGUUUGAACAGGAGAAGGGAAAGGAACUUGACAAUAUCAAUUACUUGCAGGAAGUGGCCAGAAGAGAAACGGAGGAGAUGAAAUUGGAAAGGCUUCGAAUGGAGAAAGAACGGAGAGAUAUUUCAGAAAACAAGACGCGUAUCGAGUCUCAGCAACUCGGUAUAAAAAAAGACAUUGAGGGGCUGGUUAGCUUAAGCCAGAAGCUGAAGGAUCAGAGAGAACAACUUAUCAAUGAAAGAGAGCGUUUCAUUGCAUUUGCUGAGAAACAGAAGAACUGCAACAUAUGUGGAGAGACUAUUCGUGAGUUUAUGCUCUCUGAUCUUCAUGCUCUAACCGAACCUAGAAACCUUGAGGCUGCCCCUCCAUUGCCAAAGGUAGCAGAGGAUUAUUUGAAGGAGGCAGGGAGGUUUAAUGCUGAGUCAUCAUCUCCUGCUGGGGCUAAAUCAGGAUCUCCUGCUCCUGGUAAAACUAUGUCUUGGCUCAGGAAGUGCACCUCAAAGAUUCUUAUAUUCUCACCGGGAAAGAGACUCGAUCUUGGUUACAGUCAGGAUCCUGAAGUGGGAACUUCAAUGAGGCAAGAUGUCACCAAUUCUCCUAAAACAUCACCAAGCGGUGAAAAGGGACCAGAAUUAUCCUCGGGAGUCGCAAAUAAUUCUUCUGAUGUUCAAAUUGUUGAAUCUGAGACAGCCGUUGAGGAGUUUGGAGUUGCUCAUGCUCUGUCAGUUGAUCAAGAUCCCCCGAGUAACCCUGAGAAUUCUAAUAAUACUGAUGUGAAGGCAAGCCGACCUAGCAAGGGAGGUAAGGUUAGAGGACGAAGAAUACGAGCAGUGCGUGGUUCUAAGACAAAUGGUAAUGUUGAAACCUCUGUCCAAACAAAUGAUGAUAGAACAGAAUCUGAUCUUGGUGGAGCACCAAAGAACACAAGAAAGCGAAAUCGGCCUCAUGGAUCACAAGCAACUGUAAGUGACAAUCAAACGGAAGGUCACUCAGACAGCGUCAAGGAUGGUGAGCGCCCGAGGAGGAGACAGAGGGGUCUUGCAACAGAACAUGGCCAGAGAAGAUACAAUCUCCGAGCAAACAAAAAAUCGGCAGGAACUGCAGCCAAUGGAUCUAUACCUACAGCAAGGCAGGGCAAGGGAAAGGAGGUGGACCAACUGCAAUCUGAAAAUCUUGAAGCUGUUGGAGCUUCAAGAGAAGAAAUUGAAGAACAUGGUUCCAAAAGAGUUGGGGCUGCUGAAGAUGGUGAUGAUCAUCCCGUGAGAAGCACUGUUGCUGCUGCUAGCGAGUUUUCUGCAGACAGUCCUUUUAAAAAUGCUGGUGGUGUUAAUACACCAAACACUUAUGUGGACGAUGUGGGCCAAAGUGAGGAGGUUAAUGGAAUAGCCGAAGUUGCCAGGGAAGAAGACAGUGGGGAAGGUUACAAAACCGAGAGCCGUGAAGAUGAUGACGAUGACAAUGACAAUGAUGAUGAGGUGGAUCAUCCAGGUCAAGCUUCCAUUGGGAAAAAGCUCUGGACUUUCCUCACAACGUGA